AUGGAUACUCAGGACGGAAUCAGCGUCCGCCCUAUGAGGCUGAAGGUUUUAUACACCUUUGAUAAUGAAAACAAAACCAAUUGUCUUGCUCGCUGGCCUCAUGUUCUUGAAAUUCAGACAGCCCACCUCGACGAAAACACAGCGGUCGGGGUUAUCGAGCUGAAGACAUGUAUACAAGCAAUUGUUUCAGCAAGUCCUGAGUUAGUGGCACAGCUUGGAAAAGACUACACAGUGUACGCAUACGACUACUCAGAGUAUGAGACCCCUCUAGUGGGACAAGGAAUGCUGUCGUGGGUCCUGGCCUCCUCAUCUCCAACGCCAGAAGCGCCCGCCCAUCAGUCGAAAACCAUGGUUACAGGUCGGGUAUGUAAAAAUCCAUUGGGCCUCUUUUCGAAAGGUGCUGGCGCCCAGGAAACUUUGGAAGUCAAGCUGCGGUUAGUGCCUGUUCCGACUGUCAUGCAAAGCCAAUAUCUCGACAGCAUGCAAAAGUACCGAGACCUCAGCAAUAUGAUUCCCCACGACUUCGACGCACAAUCCUGGACGAAUUUUCUUCGACAAAAUCCGGCACUCAUGGACGCCGCCCGCAAUCAGUCACAAGAUCGGAUGAACGCUAGCUCUCCGAUGGGUGGAUCUGGGAUUGAAAGGUUUCAUCAGAUUCUAAGCGAAGGCGCCACCCCGAGGGAAUUUUCGGGAUAUGAACGAAAUGAGCCAAUGCGGUCGAUUUCACCUACACAAUCCUUUGGUGCGCCCAGCAGAGUAGCAACGCCUGGUGCUCACACUCCAAUGCAACAUCCACAGCCUCACUCAAGACAGCAAUUUAAUCAAAGCAGUGAUAUGAUCAGACCGUCUUCAAGUGCUUCCAACCGAGAUGAUGACUUUCAGACCCAACGAUGCCACUCGCGAAGAGACUCUAUUCAAUCUGGCUAUGCCAGCGGAGGCGAUGAUCCAAUGGAUCCUCAACCACGCAAGAGAGCCAAGGUCUACCAAGCAAGCUGGCCUGGCAAGUCUGACAUGAACAUUGAAAGACAGCCUAGCUCUUUGCGGGUGGCAGCUAGCACUGCAGCAUCUGUUCGAAUCCACCGUCCAACACCAGUCAACCCUGCCAUCGCUGCAGAGCAGUCACUUGAGGAACCAGUUCGUCCCCCAACCCCAAUCAUGCGGCCUGGUAAUGGACCCCGUCGUCCGCGCCUUCCCGCAAGCUUGCUACGAGAGUUUUCGGUUACUUCGUACACAACUCCAUACCUUCACAGCGACGAUAUCGCUACAGAUCAAACCGGCCAAUCACCUGAAGAGUCUCGUUAUCAAGGCUUGUUUGAGCCUCCAUUCACGAUGCCUUCGUCUCCUCCAAUCAUGGAUGCACGAUUUGCAGCGAAGUCUAGUCCUGUUCUACCUCCUAUCGGAUUGGACACAGACUCCGGUUUCAUGAGUGGCGGCUUGGAAGAUUUUCUGGACUCGGAGGCUGUUACACCCAUUGAGGGGGGACAAAGAGCCGAGUCACAAGGUAUUACUGACGCCAACCGUUCUCGACCAGUUCGCUCUGCUGUGCAGAUCAAUUCCCCCGCUAGCGUAGCGGGCACAGUAGUUGAUAAGCAGGCCGCCUCCACAGCUCCGGUGGAGACCCCGAAGGAACAAUUUUCAAGACAAUCACUACCACCACAACCACGUCCAAUUUCUUCUGCUGGGUCAAGACCUGCUUCACGGAAUAGUGUGCGGUUGGCGCCUAAACCAAUGCCAACUGAAAAUGCUCCAGUGGUAUCCAAUGUUCCCGCGAGUGAUCCUGUUGCUCCCUCGUGCCCCCCUCUUCAACAUUCUCAGACUUGGCCUGGGCCGAUGAGUGAUGUUAUUCUCAUCGAUCCAUCAUCAAAAUCGUCAAAGCGUCGCAGUUCUGCCAAGAAGAGAGCUAAAAUCAUCCAAGAUCGUUUAGAGGAGGCGAUUAAAUCCGGCGAGGCACCUCCAUUCUGCGAGAAUUGUGGCUGCAUCGAGACGCCCAGCUGGCGCCGGGCAUGGUCCCUAGAAGUCGAGGGUGACGAAGAAGCGGCGAAGGAAAGGAUGAAGGACAGCACUAUGCUCUUUUACUUGGCCUUGGAUCGGGAUUCGGAAGGUGCAAUGACCAAGUUCAAAAUUUAUCAAAAGUCACCGCAUAAAUGGGGAGAUGAAGGCUGGACCCAAGUUCUACUUUGCAAUCCUUGUGGACUUUGGCUUCACAAAUUCAAGGUCAUGCGCCCCGAGGAGAUGUGGAACAAGUCAAACCAGGAUGGCACCGAGCCGAGGAAGAAGCGUCCUGUGAGAAACCGAAGAAAUGGCGGCCCACUAUCAAACCCAUCCACAAGGACUCGCAGCCAGGCACUAUUUAGCAUGACAACAGCAUCCUCCCCUGCCCCUACGGAGGCCUCCUCUGUCCAACCUGAUGAAGGUGCCACCCCCCAGGUUGAUAACACUCCCGGUCAGGAAGUAGACCAAGAGCAAGAACAAGAUGACGAGGAUGGUGAGCCUCCCAGUAAACGCCGUCGGGCCAACAGCGCCGAACCUCCGCGAUCAACUGAAAGUGCCAAAGCCCGCUGGGAUCACGACGAUGCUUUAGAAGCCCUUCAACGUGCGAUCCAGUCUAGCCCGGCAAGGAACAUGUCAACCUCCAAAACUCCUGCGUCUGAAGAGCCAACUAUGACCCCCAAGCCCCUACGACGGGCCUUGUUCACAUCUUCUCGAAACGAUAGUCCUUUGAAAGAGAUGGAUGCAUCAAAGGUGAAUAGCUGCUCUCCUAGACGCAGCCCUCGAUUCACCUCUCGCAGUGAGAAACGGUCCUUGGACAAAGAGAAUCAAGAGCCUACGCCUCGUGAUGACCUCGAUGAUUUGUUUGAAAGCCCUUCUAUGGACUUUGGUAUGCCUAUCAGCCCAACUCCCCGUCGACGCCAACCAGGUCGUUCGAAUGCCAUGCAUGAGCGACGACUCUCGCUACCUUGCGAGUCGCCAUCUAGCAACCGACACAAAGACGUCAGAGGAUCCACGCCUUCAACUCGUCUCACUGCAGAACGCCUACAACGUAUCCAGGAAGCUCAAGGCUCGCCGGAGGCAAGUCCUCGACAGCAAAGAGCUACUCACAAGCAUGACACCGCCUCAGCUGUCUUGUCUCAUGAAGAAAUGCAAUCGGAAGCCUUUCAAUCUCUGGAUGGCAUGAUCCUCGAUAUAUUCGAUGAUGCUCCUGGACAGGCCGACUUUUUCCAGUUCUCUGGGUCAAAGGAUGAAGGCCAUAACUGGGUGGAUUGGCUUCCAACCGACUAUGUCUCUCCCAGCGGCUCGGAAAGCAAUGGCGAUGCUGACGAAGACUUAAUCAAUGCCAUUCUUUCUGAUCCUACCGUCCUUAAGGAGAAUCUUCACAAUUCGGCAUUUAAUCCUUUUGUUUUUGCUGAUUCUCAGGUUCCUGACUCGGGGUUUUUCAGCUCCGAUGCUCUUCAGACAGAACCCGCAGAUGUACCCAAGCCUCAAUCUGCCAAUGAUCAAUCUGUUGUUACGAAGGAAGCUUCUCCUGCCGCAUAA